AUGAACCCUCUGACAGGACUAGUAACUGCUCGAAGUCUCCAGAUGGGCCACAAGUGGGAUUUGGUAGCCUGUAAGCUGAACCAGGCUGUUUUUGCCCCUCAGAUAAAAGCUGGCAUCGAAACUCGCUCAGAAGCCAAAAUCAGCGGACUUCUGUGGACCGGGUUAGCACUGCUAUCUGUUCAGGGCGGGGCACUGGCCUGGCUCACUUGGUGGGUGUACUCCUGGGAUAUUAUGGAACCAGUGACAUACUUCAUCACAUUUACAAAUUCCAUGGUCUUUUUUGCAUACUUUAUCGUCACUCGACAGGAUUAUACUUACUCAGCUGUUAAGAGUAGGCAGUUUCUUCACUUCUUCCAUAAGAAAUCAAAGAAACAGCAUUUUGAUGUGGUGCAGUACAACAAGUUAAAAGAAGAUCUUGCUAAGGCCACGGAAUCCCUGAAACAGGUGCGCCACUCUCUCUGUUAUGCAAAGAGAGGAACUCAGUGAAGAGAAUUAAUCUUACAUUUUUUGAAUGUCAUUGAAUUUUUCCAGUAUGUGUUGAUUCUGCACCUUAGAAACUGGAACUUUUCGAGUCCCAUAGUUCCUUUGAAUUUGAUCGUUUCAGUCUCUUUUGUUAAUUAAAAGAAAAAUGCUUGCAAAAACACAGGUA